AUGGCGGCCCAACCCACCGCCUCGACGCCAACACCACCGUUCGAGUCGAACGAACAGUGGGAUGAAUUGAGCCGUGAUGUCAAGGCACAGUUGCUCCAGGAGAUGGGUGGUGAAAGCUGGUACUUGAUCAUUGCGACGGUCCUGACCGUCUCAGACCGACCGCACCUCGUCGCCGGGUUCUGGAGCUACCUCACGACCCACGACGCCUCGUUUUCCACACCAGAGGCACAAGCCCGCCUGUCCGACCGAUUUCGGGACCUGCUCCUCAAGCAGUUGCCAUUGAUCGGCGCGCCCCAAAUGCUCAGCGCCUUAAUCCCGCUCGCGAACGUGCAGACGGACGGCAGAGGCGUGGAAGAAAGGGGCGAGCUGGACCAGGAGCAAUGGUCCAACACGACGCUCCCCACCUUGCACGCGCGGGGCAUCGAAACCAUCACAUCCGUGUACGGCAAUCUAUGGCAAAACAUCUUCAAGUCCUUCGGCCCUCAUCGGCCCCAAGUCGGCCUCCACGAGCUCACCAUCGUGUACGGCCUCUACCUCGCCGACUUUACGCAUUUGACCCCGCUGGAGACCGAACUGGUGGCCUUUACGAGCAUCAUCUGUCAGGGACUCAGAGGACCGGCACUCUGGCACGUCCGCGGAUUGGGCAGGCUGCUCGGCGCGAGGGGAGCCAACGAUGAGACCGACAAGAUGAGACGGAUCAAGGAUGUGGUGAGGGGGGUCAAGGUCGCGGUGUCGACCGUCGUGGAGUUCUGCGGGCAGGACAUGGUGAAGCGGAGUGGGUUGGACGCGGCGAAUGGCAGGCUCGGAUGGCCGAAUGUCGGGGAUGUGGUGAGAGAGCUUGGAGGCUGGGGUGAUGAUGAGUAG